AUGCUGCUGCUGGCACUGCUGCUGAUGCCCGCUGCGCCAGCCAAGCACCACAAGAGAAAAAAUUCAGCCGCGGCUGGCGCGCUGGAGGAGCUCGCUGCCACGCUCGCGGCUCCGACAGAGCACGACUCGGGCGCUGAUGAGAGCCCCCAAAGCGGGUUCUCAACGGCCCGGCGCCGACGCAGUUUUACCGCUUCGCCACCGCACCACUUCUAA